AUUUCCCCAAACCCAACAAUCAAAAUCUCGCAAAAGCCCUAAAAUCAGAUAAAGAAAGAGAAAGAAAAAACAAUUUGUGAUUCUUGGGGUUUGCUUCAUUUCGAUGAAGGUGCUGGAACCUAGGGUUUCAACCGGUCCGUUCACGAAAUCCUCCUAUGCGAACAAACUCACUGUGUUUUUCCUCUCCGGGACUUCGUUACAAUGAGCGCGGUGAACAUCACCAACGUCACUGUGCUUGACAAUCCGGCUUUGUUUCUCGCACCUUUCCAGUUCGAGAUUUCUUACGAGUGCUUGACCCCUCUCAAAGACGAUUUGGAAUGGAAGCUCAUCUAUGUGGGAUCUGCUGAGGAUGAGACUUAUGACCAACUAUUGGAGAGUGUACUUGUUGGGCCUGUCAAUGUUGGAAACUAUCGUUUUGUACUACAGGCAGAUCCUCCUGACCCAUCCAAGAUUCGUGAUGAAGACAUUAUUGGUGUGACAGUGCUUUUGUUGACCUGCUCUUAUCUUGGUCAGGAAUUUAUCCGAGUGGGCUACUAUGUUAACAAUGAUUAUGAUGAUGAACAGCUGCGAGAAGAACCUCCUCCAAAGGUCUUAAUUGAUAGGGUUCAAAGAAACAUUUUGUCUGAUAAACCCAGGGUCACAAAGUUCCCCAUCAAUUUCCACCCAGAAAAUACUGAGAAUGGAGAACAACCGCCACCUGAUCAGCCUAGCGAGGCAGAUGGAAGCGGAGACUUGCUUGUUGCGCCUGUAAACCCUUCAGAGGAGCAAUGACCUUAAGUAUUGAACUCACAGGCUUCUUAUUCCUUUUGGACUUCCAGUAUUCUCUUUCAAGGGAUACAUUAUGCAUACUAUUUCACUGUCUUUGCCGAAAAAUUAAGAGAAUGAUACCAAGGCUUGACCCUACCAAGGAAGGGGUUUGAAGUUUGCAACUUCUGCCCUGGAGCUGUGGCAAAUAUUGGUUCAGGAAGCCAUUCUGACUUUUGGUGGUUGGAAAUCUGUUUCGUUUCUACUUUUAUACGUUCUGUGCUCUGACUGGAAUUCUCAAAUUUGUAGUAAUAGGACAGAUUUUCACUUUAUUAGCUUGACAUCAUGUGAAUGAUCGUAACUUUUUGGACUUAUUCACUUUUUCAGUUUUUUCUUUA